AUGGCUCACACCCCAACACGCACUUCGUCCCCCGUCGCUAACAUUCCGACUCGAGCCUCGACGCAAGGAGGUGAUGUCGAGAGAGCCAGCAGUGUUGAGGUGAAGUUGGAGAUGGGUCUGGAUGAUCAAGACACCGUCGACUGGAGGAGACUGCCCCCGCACAGCGCAGAUGACGUCGACGUCAAGGAAGAGGAGGAGGCCGAAGAUCCCGCGAGCCCAUCAUGCCCCCAACCCAUGCCCCCGUGGCAGCCUAUCCCAUCCCCCUAUGCGGACAACAACGACGAGACCGUAGACCCGGCGGACCCUUCGAGUACCCGAGCCGCGGUCCGUUUGAUGAGGAGGCUUGCUUCGCCGUACGCAGACGGGGACCCGGGCCCAUCAUCGCGGCAAGAUACCCACGGCCAGGAGAGGCUCCCUUCACAGGACGCGGAUCGCGCUGGAGACGAGCCCCAGACCCCAGUUCCCCAGGCUAUGGCCCGAGACCUAUUGUUUAACAAGGUCAAAGAGAUGCGCAGGCCGACGCCGACACCGUGGUCAAACGCCGAUGAUGGCCAGGGCGAGACGAGGGACACGCCCCUCUCAUGGAAUGAUUUUCCUCCAUCGUUCAACGUCCCGGAUGAAAGAGAUGUCCUGACACCAACUCUGUACGGAGUGGACCCCAAUGGACCCCACAUGGAGGUGCCGACCGAGGUGCCGGUGGAUUUUGACAACGAGGCGAGGGAGGAGGUUGGCGACGCCCCGCUUGGCCCGGGCCCGACGAUUGAGCAAGUGCGCUGGAUCAAGAUGGUGACCCGUCUCAUCCGGUUCCAGUCUAGCGUGACCAAGGCGGCCGCGAACAGGGCGUGGCAGGACGCGUUGCGGGCCAACGAACUGGCACAGCAAUCGAUACAGAGAAACGACGAGGCGACGGUGCGAAUGAACGCCGCGAUACACCGCUUGGACGCUGCGACGGAGCGCAUUGACGGGGCGACGAGGGACAAGGACAGGGCGACAGAGAGCAUGUACGCCGCGAUAGAUCGCCUGGACAACGAGUCACGGGAAAAGAAUGCCACGACGGGCCGGAUGGACGCUGCCAUCGAGCGGCUUGACAAGGAGUCGGAGACACCGAGGGGCUGGAUUCGGGCCACCGAGCACAAGGACGCGGCGCUCAAGGUCGCCAUCACCAUGGAGAAGGUGGUCCAUGACCUAAGACUCGGUCAGCAGCACGUGGACCUCUCGCUGGAGGAUCGCGCCAACGAGGUAGUGGAGGAGCUGCAGCGGGUCAUCGGCGCACGCAUCCAAAACGGCAUGGGUCCUGUACUCAGGAAACUCAUUCUCCAAAACCAAAAACAGGUCGGGUCGGCAAGGGCAGCGGAAGUUAUUGUUCUUGAUGAGUAA